AUGGCCCUGGGGCCGCACUUUGCCCAGCUGCUGUCAACCUUGGGCCUGGGGGAUCUUCAUGGAGGGAAGCUCACACUCAGCUCAGUCCUGGAGAUCAACAGUAACACAGUGUCUGACAAACCAGCACAAAGUCUGGAGCAGCUACCAUGGACCUUCUUAAGGAAACUGAUGAUGUCCAAUGUAAAUGCAAGAAAUAUCAAAUGUGCACAAGACCAGUCAAUGUAUCCUUUCCUCCAGCAGGAAAUGGUCUCCAAAAUGUCCAUGUGCCAGUUUGCUGUUCCUCUGCUGCUGCCAAACUGUGACACACAGCAGAGCACUCUGAUGCUGUGGGCCAUGAGAGACCUGGUUAAAAAGUUCAGACCUCACUCUCUAGCAGGUGACAGGACAUUUGUAGAGGGCAGGAUUGUAGAAAUGGACAUCCCCAUGGUGUCUUUUGUUAGACUAGGAGAGAGCAGUCUGCCCAAAUCUCAAACUCUGAACAAGUUGCUCAGUACUCCUCAUCAGCUUAACAACAUUUUUGUUCACUGUGACAUGGAGUGUGGUGAUGUGCCCAGGAGAAUCUCAGAUGGUCUGGUUGAAGUCAGCUGGUAUUUACCCUGUGGGAAAACAAACAUUGACAUGUUCACACAGCCAGUGGCCAUAGCCAAUCUGAGAGGAGAUGGCAGGUUGUUUAAGACCCAAAUGUCCUUCCUGUAUGAGACCUCAGCUGCAGUUUUCAUCUUCAGUGAUGACCUAGAGGGAGACCUCAGCACUCUGAACAACAGAGAGAGCAGAGCUGAGCUGUUCCUGGUCACCGACUCUAAGAGUAAGACCUUCAACAUGAAGACACUCAGGGAUACAUGCAUGAAGCACAAGGUGAAGGAGACCAAUGUGAUCAUCAAGAAAAAGCAGAAUGAUGCAGAGUUUCUGGAGGCCCUGCGUUUCAGAGUGAGUGGUGCCAUUGGAAAGAAUCCACAUAAACUGAAAGUGGAAGACAUGGCUGCUGUUUCUCCACGUGUUGGUAUUGUGGUUGAUGAGGACUGCACUGAGUGUAAAAAUGGCAGAGCAAAUGCUGAAGGCAUCACUGGAAGCAUUCAGGAUGUUGUGAAAUUCAAGGAAAACCAGUUGCCCUUACAUGGUGAAAUAUGGAAGGAAAUCAGUCAAUUAGAAAAAGAGAACUGCAGAAUGCGUAAUGCAGGCAAAGACAUAGAGGGUUACAGGAGUUCACUCAAGACAAAACAAGAAGCACUCAGAAAGAAACAGCAGCAGACGGCUGUCUCAGAAGCCAUGGGGAAAUUCACUGUUGGAAUCUCAGAGUCAGGAACACAGCGUCUCUACUUCCUGAAAUGGCUGAAGAUUCAGCUGGACACCCUCUCUAGACAGAACCUGUCCACACUGAGAGAGCAGUACAAAGACUGCUGUAGAAACACACCACAGAAUAAGGAGCUGAUUGUAAACUUAGAUAAGCAAAUCUCCAACUGCUCUUUGGGUCCUGAGCACUUCUUCCGUGAGCUGGGCCAGCUUUAUGAGUGUGCUUGCUCCCUUCCAGAAAACAACCCAGCCCGACAACAAGUCCAGCACCUACCUGCUCUGUGUGCUCAGAUGCUGCUGGAUGGGUUUCCAGUUGAGCUGGUCGAUGGAGACGCAUCAAACAUCCCAAUGAAGUGGAUAAAAGAGGUCCUGACUCAGCUACAUCAGCUGGUGGACACCAAGAGUAAGAUCAAGGUGUUGACUGUGCUGGGAGUGCAAAGCACUGGGAAGUCCACCCUUCUCAACACCAUGUUUGGAGUGCAGUUUGCAGUCAGCAGUGGAAGAUGCACCAGAGGAGCCUUCAUGCUGCUGAUUAAAGUCUCGGAGGAAGUCAGAUCUGAGCUCAAGUGUGACUUCAUCAUGGUCAUUGACACAGAGGGCUUAAAAUCACCUGAGCUGGCAACAUUGGACACAAGCUACGAACACGACAAAGAAUUAGCAACGCUGGUCAUAGCGCUCAGUGACAUCAUCAUCAUCAAUAUUGCCAUGGAGAACUCCACAGAGAUGAACGACAUUCUGCAGAUUGUGGUCCACGCCUUUCUCAGGAUGAAGGAGGUUGGGAAGAAGCCCAGAUGUCUGUUUGUGCAUCAGAACGUGUCAGACAUGUCUGCUCAUGACAGCAACAUGAUAGACAGGAAGAAGGUGAUGGAGCAGCUGGAUGAGAUGACCAAAGCAGCAGCAAAAAUGGAGAAGAAUGAAAAGUAUAAAAAGUUCACUGAUGUGAUGGAAUAUGAUCCUGACAAAGACAGCCACUACAUCCCUGGACUUUGGCACGGAACUCCCCCAAUGGCCCCAGUGAAUGCUGGCUACAGUGAAGCUGUCUUUGAACUCAAGAAGAGUUUAAUUGGCUUCUUACAAACAUCUGAUAACUGGAAUAAUGAUGCAACAGAGUUCCUCGAGUGGACUCAGGGAACAUUUUGGUGGCAGAUUCAUAUUUCAGAUUUUUGCACUCAGUACAACACUUGGGAGUGGUCUUUCCAAUCUGAGAUGAACAAGUGGCUCAUAACCAAGGAAACAAUGAUAUCCAAUUUUGGAGUGACUGAAAAGAAUGUCCAAAUGAAUCUUUUACGCACCAGGCUCAGAGAGGUGUUACAUGAGGCAUCAGAGAAGCUGCAUGAAGAAGAGAAGACAAUCCUGUCCAACCUUGACAAAUACUUUCAGGAAAAGGACAGCAAAGUCAGUUUAGUAGAGAAAUUCAAACAGGACUUCCGAACAAGAAUCAACUCGCUCGGACGACAGAUGGAAAAUUCAAUAAAACACUCUUUGGAGAAGGCGGUUGAAAUCAGAGAGGAAAUGGAAAAGGUGAAUAAAAUCAAGGACAAGCUAAUGGAUAAAAAUUGA